AUGAAGAUCAAUUCAAAUACUGUCAUUGUCGGUGACAAAGUUAUACUAGUACCAUAUAAAUCAAUACAUGUUGAAAGAUAUCAUCAAUGGAUGCAAAGCGAAGAGAUUAGAGACUUGACUGCAAGUGAUUUAUUAACACUUGAAGAGGAAUAUGAAAAUCAAGAUAGUUGGUAUACUGAUCCAAAGAAAUGUACAUUUAUUAUACUUGAUAAAUCAAAGAUAAAAGCCGAUGAAUAUGAUAAUAUAAAAGAACGAUCGAUAGAAGCAAUGAUUGGUGAUAUCAAUAUAUUUUAUAAUGAUUUUGAAGAUGAAGGAACUGCAGAAUUGGAGAUUAUGAUUGCUGAAUCAUCGUGUCGUCGAAAGGGAAUGGGAAGAGAAGCUAUUGAUAUCAUGAUGUACUAUGCAAUGACUAGUCUAUCACAUCUCACCAAAAUGUUUAUCGUCAAGAUUGGUGAAUCAAAUCAAGCAUCAAUCGAAUUAUUCAAAAGAAUAGGGUUCCAACAAAGAGGUCAAGUCAAUGUAUUUAAAGAAGUAAAUUUAAUAUUAGAAAUCAAUCAACCUUUAAUCGAUAAAUUUACAAUUCAACUAAAUAAUAAUUUAUUAUUUAAAUCUUGGGAUCAAAUAUAA